AAAUUAGCAAGAAAACGGAGCGCUCCACCAUGGCUGAUGUCUCAGACUCUUUGACGGUCGAUUUGUCGAAAAUGCCAGGCCAGACUUUCCAUCGCAAAGCGCUCAAUGGAUUCAAAAUCCAGCUGAAGGCCAUGUUGAUCGAUACGUCGGUGAACAGCGUGGCAACCGUACUCGCGAAUCUAUACCAAAGCUUCUAUGAAUCGGCGGUGAGGUGCCUUGAAUAUGCACGCGUGCUGUCCAAGGUGCGGACAACGUGUUCGAGCUUGCUUAUCAGUAUGUCAAAUCCUUGGCCGAAUGGCGGCCAGACAAGCGGGUGCAGCCCACAUUGUGCAGUGCAUGGUCGAUCGCAGCUGCGCCAGCUAGCACUAGCCAUCAAGUUUGCUGACGAUGUGUUCAACAAUUAGAGACGGUGGAAAACAUGAUCGCAUUAGCGUUUGUGAUGGUCCAGCGACGUGCUCGCUCGCGUGUUGAGAGGCGAGCACAAGCUGUGCAGGGCGUCAUCUCGCGCCGGCAGCUCCAGUGGCUGGCCAGCAAGGCCUUCCAGACAGCGUUUCAGCGCCGGCAGACGCAGCAUCGAGUGCUAUUGAAGUGGCUUGGAGCUUCUCUGGCAGCCGUCCGCAUGUCGAGCACGACAGAGAGGGGCAUGCUUGAGGCGGCUAUUCGUCGGUGUCAAGGACAAGGGAUUGUGGACGACUGAUGAACGAUUGAUGACCCAGGACGAGAGAACAAAGAUCGGUGCUGAAAGGGGGGG